AUGGAGACAAGCAUUAUCGUUUCUGACAUGAGCAUCGAAGAGCACACGUUGACUGGCCUCUACCCGAGCAGCGAAUACCACGCAUGGAUUUCAGCAAAAAGCAUUAGAGGUGAAGGUGGAUAUACUCACGUGCUUGUCUCCACACAAGAUUAUGUGCCGAGUGAGCCACUUGAAAUCAAGACUAAGGUGAUCAACUCCACAUCCUUAUUUGUGGAAUGGAAGCCUCCAAUGCAAGAUGAGAACCAUGGAUUCAUAAUUGGAUAUCAGAUAUACAUCCAUGGGGAAGUUAACGAGGAGGAGCUGGUUGCGGAAGAACACUCCUACAUCGUCACAAAUGAAUCUGCACUGAAUAGUCUUGUGACGGAUCUCCAGCCAGAUUCGACAUAUAAGGUUCAGGUAGCAGCUAUGACAAGAAAGAGUAGAGGGAUACCAAGUAGAAACAAAGUCGUCAGGACUCCCGAAGGGGUUCCGUCCAGACCUCUUCUCCAGAUAAGGCUAUUCGCAGAUGAAUCCCUAACCGUUGCCAUUAAUGCAACAUGGAUCAAUUCCUCCAAGACACCUGGAGGCAUUCUGGGAUGGCGCCUGCGCUAUGGGAAACGACCCAACUUCUGUGUAAAUUUCGAAAACCAUCAAUUUGAAAAACUCGACAUGAAAGAGAUCAUAUUGAAUGGAUACGAUACAAAUGAAUAUACCGUUCGACGCCUUGAGAAUGGAUUCAAAUAUCAGUUCCGAUUAGCUGCUCGCAAUGACGUUGGCUAUAGCCAGGAGGCAUUGGCUGAGGUGAACACGCCUGAGGCACCUCCUACUGGCCCCCCCACGAACAUAUCCUUUCACUUCAUCACGGCAGACACCGUUAUCCUCACCUGGGAUGUUCCAGAGGCCUUCCGUUGUUCUAAUGACCGACUUCUCGGUUACAUCCUUCAAUUUCAUAAGAAUAUGGAUGACUACUUCAUCAUGGAAAAAAAUUCCUCAACACCAAAGAUGGUUAUCUCAGAGUUGGAAGAGGACACUUCGUACAACUUUCGAGUCUGUGGCUACACAACAGAAGGCAUUGGUCCCUUCUCAGAGAAUAUGUACUUCUCUACCAUUACUGAAAUUGUUCGUGCUCCCAGCAACGUUCAGGCAUUGGCAACUUCAAACAAUUCAAUGGAGGUCUGGUGGGAUGAAGUUUCACCAAAAGCAAUUGUCGGAUAUAGGAUAUACUAUACCAGGAACGAAACUAUGGCUUUGGAUAUGUGGUCCUGCAAAGAUGUCCAAAUCACAUAUUCUGCAGAGCUGAAAAAUCUGGUACACUUCGCCUCCUAUUACAUCCAAGUGGCUUGCCGAACGAAGGAAGGUGGCUUCGGAAGGCUAUCAAAGAUAGUUCAAGUGGAGUUGAAGCCAAAGGAAGUUCCAACACAAUUCGAGUUCGGCACAACAUUCCACUGGUAUACGUCCAUUUCUUGGAAUGCCCCCCGUGCUUUCAAGCCCCACUAUUACAAGGUUGGAUUCGAUUACUUGUUCGAGAUGGGGGUCUCCUUCAUCCGUUUUGAUGUUAUUGAUGAUCAAAAACACCGAACGGGUCUAUCUGUGGAAUGGAGCGAGAUUAGCAGUUGCGGGGACGAGCGCAAACAGGAGACGUCGGGACCUGCUCACCAGUAA